AUGUCAAGAUCAAGGCCAGAGAAAAAUCAAUCAAUAAGUGAACAAGAGAAGGAAACUUCAAAAAUAGAUGAUGCAUCAACAAAUCAAGGAAAUCAAUCACCUAAGAAAGACACAAGAGAGGUUGAACAACUACAACCAAAAAAGGAUGCAGCAGGAAAUGAAUCAACUGAAAAUGAGCCUCCAAAAGAGGCUACAACAAAGGAUCAGCCUACACAACAAGUGAAGGCUAUAGCAGAGGAUGAGCCUCCAGCAGAGGAAGAGCCUCCAAAAGAGGAUGAGCCUCCAGCAGCAGUUGAAGAAACACAUUCAUACAUAAUGCAAAACAAGGUCAUUGCUGCUAAAAAGGCCCCUGCUACAACUGUUGAUACUGCUGGAAAAGCCACUGCUGCUGAAAUGGCCCCAGCUACAACUACUGAAAAGUCCUCUGCUGCAGAAAAAUCCCAUGCAACAAGUUCUGCCAAUGCACAACAGAAAGCCCCUGCUGAAAUUAAAAAAAUCCUAUUAGGUGGUGAAGAAAUUGAGAUUGAGGAUGAAACAGAUGAAGAAUUAGAAAGACAAAGACAAGAAGAAUUGCAAAGGGAUGAGGAGUUGACAAGAAUAUUGAGAGAUGUUAAGUUGCCUAGCAUAUCAGCUAUAGCAACAGCUGCUGCACCAAUUGCUGAAAACCUACCAGCAGCAACAACACCCAAAAAACCUGGGCGUCCAAGGGCUGCAACUGCAGUUGUAGAGAAACCUGCUGAGAAAACAGGGCGUACAAGGGCUGCAGUUAUUGGGAAAGCAGGCCAAAAAGGUGGUCAGAAAAGACCUGUUGCAUCAGCCAAAGGUCCUGCAAAAAAAAGAAAAGUCAUAGAUCAAGUGUCUUAUGAUGAACCAUCAGAGGAUGAAGAACAAGAAGAAGUCCCUACAACAAGUUCUGCUCCUGCAGAAAAGAAAAUUCUUAAAAAAGUAGAACAAAAAGACAGUGAGGAUCCAGCUUUUGAUGCUGAAAAAGAAGAAGAUGAAGAAAGUGAGGAGGUGGAAGUAGUUCAAGAAAAGAAAACAACAUUGAAAAAACCAAAAGCUGAAGAAAAAAGAAUGGUUAUGUAUGAGAGGGAACCAAUAAAAAAGAUUGUGAAGAGGAAAACUGAAUUUUCAGUGGCUAAAAAAAAGAAGAGGAGGAAGAAAAGAAUGAAGAGGAAGUUGGAAGUUCGACAAGAGGAGGCAAUGUCAAAUUCAUGCAUUGGGUUAAGAAAAUGA